AUGAAGACAAAUCAAUCCAUAUCAUUGUUUCUCGCAAUCAUUGGAUGGUGUAUAGUCUCUACUUAUGCACAAACCUACAAUCCACAAAAUGGACAUUACUAUAUGUGGCAAGCUAUUGGAGCUCCAACAGAUAUGAAUAAAACUAUAAACUAUAUUAACAAUAAUAUUGCGCAAUUUAAAGGAUUAAAACCUUAUUUGGCUGUUAUUAAUACUCCAGAAGAAAUGGAGUUUAUCUCAACCACAAUGAGAACCAAAACCCAAUCACCUACUCAAAAACUCAUUGUAUCAGGUUGGAGAUUGUCUGGUGAGACAUUCGUUUACAACUCUGGUGUUGAGGUUGGUGAUAAAAUCUAUUCUGGUGCUCUUGGCCGUUGCUACACUGUUUGCCAAUGGUCUCAAGGAUAUCCAUCGACCUCCGCCGAUAAAACUCUCCUUGCUUUGAACAAUGUCAACAAUCGUUAUGAAUUCUCCAAUGAGGCAUUUGGUCAAAACAAUCUGUACCUCUUGGAAUAUGGUGGACUGACCGAACCAUACUUCCCACCACCAACUACAAUGGGUGGUAAUGUAAAUAUUAAAAAUAUGAUUACAAGUGAAGCCGGUGUCAAAUGGAAUAUGACUUCGAAUGCACUCCUUGUAACAGUUUCCAGUGCUUCAGAUACCUACAAUGCCACUAUUACCGCCACUCUUACCAGCUCGAUCACUGUAGUGAUCAAACAAGGAAUUGAAGCCUUCAAUGUUACCAUCAGAGAUUUGACUGGUACAAGAACCUUUACUGGAACAUUCCAUUACCAAGUUCCAUUUAUCCAAACCGUCUACUCUUACUCUCAAAUUGCAGGAUCCAUCAUUACCUUGUACGGAUCCAAUUUCGACAACCCAGAUACAGGUGUCUCUGCUAUCAGUGUUGCAACCGGUACACAAAGAACCCCAUGUACCUCUGCCACUGUAUUGAUUCCUUACACUGCAAUAACAUGUGUUCUGGGUGCCACCUCUGAUGGAAACACAGUUACUAUGUUCCCACUUACUGUAUAUAGUGGUGGUUCGAAUUUUGUAUACAACACAAGUCGUAUUCCAUUUUAUGAUCCAUCAACAUUAAGAGUAAUCAGAAUUGCUGAUGUUAAACUUCCAGAUGAAUUCCCAAUCGUUCAAUCAAUGAUUUCCAGUAGCAAGGCCACCACAGUUGAUGGAAAUGUUGCAUACCAUGGUGUUGUAACUUCUGCCACCCAAGCCAAACAAAUUUCCAAUAUUUUCAAUUUUGUUGUUGGUGGUGUGUCUACUACAGUUUUCCAAGGUCUCACACUCAGUGGUUCGAAUAUGGUCAUCAAUAAUCUUGGUGGUCCAAACAAUGGUGUUCCAGUAUUCACUAUUGCCAACGGUGCAUGUAACUCCAACUAUGUAUAUUGUGGUGCUGGUGGUGUAAGAAUCAACUAUUCCACAGCAUACGUUUUAUUCUUCCAAAACACAACAGCCAACCUCCCAGAUAUUCGUAGUGUCUCCUGGGACAAGGCUGGUGAGAUGGUUUUCUACGGUCUUGAUCCUGUCCAAUUGGCUCCAGUCAGCUAUUUGCUUGAUACCACAGGAGGAGCGAUUAAACUCAUCAAUGGUGGAUCCAAUGGUUUUGCGCUUUCCAACCGUACCAUCACUUUCCAAGGUACCGUUUACGGUUCAGUCUACCAAGAAAAUACUACUUCACUCAACAUCCAAAUUCCAGCUGGUACCGGUCUUAAUAACCCAUUGACUGUUACCAUUGAAAACCAAUUCACCCUUAAAAAUGCAAUUAUCAAUUUCAAACCACCAACCAUUUCCAGUAUCACACCAAAACUCACUUCUUUUGGUGGUAAUGUAAUUAUUACCGGUACUCAAUUCGGUCCAACUGCAACAAAUGUUAGUGCUACUAUUAAGAUUGGAGUAAAUACCUAUCCAUGUGCCAACAUGCAAAUUUACACUCCACACCAACAAUUAAUGUGUACCUUACCAAGUGGAUCAGGUUCCAACUUGGUUUUCACUUUGAAUGUAAAUGGACAAACCACAACCUACCAGUACUCUUACAGUGAACCAGUUAUCUCUUCCAUUACUCAGAAUGGAGAGCUAAUUAAUAUUGUUGGAACUGGUUUCGGUUUUGACAACAACCAAUUGACCACAAUCCAAAACACUACUAUCUUGACCAUCACGGUUUCAGGAGAUCCACAAACCAUUGUUGCUCAAUGUCCAUCAAACAUGAUGAAUGGUGGAUUUACCAUUGUUUCCAGUGGAUUGCCAAGUACCCCCUAUGACUUAUACCUUAAACCAAUUAUUAAAGCUAUCUCUCCAGCUCCAUCCACCACAACUGUUACCCAAAUCAAUAUCUCUGGUUCCUUCUUGAAUACAUUACGUGUCAAUGGUACCAAUGCUAUCCUCAAUGUAACCUACGAUGGUAUUUCAAUUUCCUGCACAUCGGGUAUCGUUGCUGGUACUAGUUUGUCUUGUCAACUUCCACCAAUCACUGGUUAUCACACUUUGGUUGUAAAUUCCGACAAUGUUGCUUCAGAUCCAUUCACUUUCAGUGCCGCAACACCAACCAUUCAAAGUGUUUCACAAGAUAAAUCAUCGAUCACUGUAGUUGGUACCAAUUAUGGAAAUGAUAAAUCCAAAGUAUCACUCAACUAUGGAGGUAACACCAUCUCUGCUGAUAGUGUCACCGGUGGUAACACUAUUAUUGCUACUCUUCCUGAUUAUCAAACCAAUGGAUUUAUUUCAGUGAUUAUCGAUAACGUUGAAUCUACAAGACAAAUCUUUAAAUUGUCUCCAGUCAUUACAUCAGUUUCCAGCACCAAUACUACUGGUGGUCCCAUUAUAAUUACCGGUUUAUUCUUUAAUCAAGUGAAUUCCUCUGGUAUCGCAUUACCAUAUUCCGUUAGUGUUUCCGGUACCCCAUGUACCAAUCUUGUUUUCUCUGUCAGUAACACUGAGAUCCAAUGUGUUGCUCCAAGAGGUGUAGGAACUGGUAAUCAAAUUCAAGUUACCAUUGAUUCAAUGCCUGGUGUUAGUCUCUUCAAUUACUACCCACCAUAUAUCGCUUCAAUCUCUCAAAAUUUAGCAAUUCCACAAAUAACAAUUACUGGUUUCAACUUUGGUCCAAACUCAUUCAACCUUACUUUCUGUUCAGCUUGGUCACUAGGAUCAACCGUCAAUGAUAACCAAAUCAUUUAUAACGUACCCACCACCUCAAAGAAUGAUUAUUUAACAAUUGCCGUCAGUGGACAACAAUCAAACUCCUACUACCUUCCACUCACUCCCAUUGUAAGCAAUAUUGGAAAUCCACCAACCCAGGGUGGAAGUGUUACAAUUCUUGGUACUUUUAUCACUGAUAAGAGUUUUGCUGGUGUACCCCUUGAUAUUGCUGUUAAUUUCGAAAAUGGUCAAUGUUUGAACCCUUCUUAUGACCAAUCGAAUAAUGAUUUGGUAUGUUCUGCUCCAUCUGGAACUGGUAUCAACAAGAAAGCAAUCGUGACUAUAGAUAGCAUGCCAUCUGCCCCAUUCACAUUCUCAUAUAUGGCACCUCAACUAACCGGAUUCAGCCAAGUCGGUAUGAUUGGUACUAUUGCUGGUGAACAGUUUGGUUCUAACUCCUCAUUGAUAACUGCAUCGUUUGUAUCAUUGACCAACACCGCAACUAGAGUCCUCCCAAUCGUUGGUAACACUGAAUCCAUUGAAGUGGAUAUCCUACCAUUUGCUCUCAGUGGACAAUUGACACUUCAUGUCGACGGUCAAGAUUCAAACUCUAUUUCAUACCUCCUUGCUCCAGUUCUCUAUUCGGUUACAUCUGCACCACUUUCCGGUGGUGUUAUUACAGUUGCCGGUCAUUUCUUAAAUACAGUAUCGAGCAAUGGAACUGAAACUUUCCUUAGCAUUACCUUGCAAUCAAACAUCCCAUGCACCAAUGUUGCCAAAUUGGCAGAUGACGACUUCUCAUAUCUCACAUGUCUUCUCCCUCCAGGAAACAGUGAAAACGUAUCGCUAACCGUAACUAUUGAUGGAAUUUCCGCUAGUAUUCCAUUCAGUUAUGGUGCACCAGUUAUUUCCUCUAUCUCUGUCGACGCCAACAAUCAAAUCAAUAUUACUGGUACCAAUAUGUUUGCCGAUGGCUACAACACCGUUGUCAACUUCGGAUCUGAAACAUACACCACUUUCACCAAUACCUCCAACAGUAUUAUCUUUACUGCACCAGCUGGUCAAGUCAAUGAUAUUGUUUCUAUAACCUUGAAUGGACGUACCUCCAACGGUAUCAUGACUAGACUCUAUCCAAUCAUCACAAGCGUAACAGGUUCAGCAACUGUUGGAUCGAAUGUUACUGUUACCGGUACUUUCCUUAACUCUUAUCGUGGAGAUCUCACCACAACCACAUUCUCUGCAACUGUCGAUGGUAUGAAUUGUCUUGUCUAUCCAGACGACUCAAAGACCUCCAAGAUCAUUCAAGUUCCAGCAGGUACUGGUGCAGAUCUUCCAUUCACAAUUAUCAUUGAUGGUCGCUCUGCCACCACUGAAUUCUCAUUUGACGCACCAACUACCAACGGUACAAUCACCCAAGACGGUUCACUCAUAACCGUCUACGGUGGUAACUUUGGAACUGAUCUCUCUGUUGUCAAUCCACCAAAUGGAAUGACAGCUAUCUCUGUAGUACAAGAUACUUUGGUAUUCCAAUUACCGGACACCUAUCAAUCCGGUACCAUUUCGUUUGAAAUCGAUGGACAACAAGCUAUAUUCUAUUUGUACGUCACACCAAUCAUCACUGAAUUCUCAACACAAGUUGCCACAGGUGGAGAUAUCGUAAUCAAAGGUAAAUACUUUAAUACCAAACGUUCAGAUAGAUCUGAUACAACCAUAACUGUAUACGUUGGUUCUGAAAGCUGUACAUUCAAAUCUGCUGCCGCCACUUCUGAUUCCCUCACCUGUACUCUUGGUGCCAAGUCUAUCUAUCAAGGAUUGGUAACCAUCUCCAUUGAUUCUAAAGUAGGUAUGCUCAUGAACAUUCGUUACAACUCAUUGCCACCCGUUGUAAACUCUGCUUCGUCCAGUCAUUUCCAAACACAAGAAACCGUUACCAUCUAUGGUUCCUACUUUGUCGAACCAGUCACUGCAACCAUCGGUGGACAAGCUUGCUCCGGUGCAUCACUUAUCAAUUCCAAUCAAUUGACUUGUACUUUCAACGGUAGCAACAGCGAUAGUCAGGGUGCGCUCAACGUCACCGUCACCAACGACCAAAUCACUGGAUUCAACAGCUACGGUUUCCUCUACAACCAAUUGGAUUGCAACGGUCUCUGUGCCAACAAUGGACAAUGUACAAACGGUUACUGUAUCUGUGCAUCGGGUUACGCUGGACAACUUUGCAACAUAGCAGUCAACACCACCGUUACACCAACUGUCAACCCAUCGGAUAUUAACUACCCACUGUUCAACAAUGUUACAUUCAACUCUGGAAUUGACAGUCUCGUAGAAGUAGACUCGAACCAAAAUGUUAUCAAGCAAAUCGAUCUCUCCGGUGCCGUAUGGUCACAAAUCUCUGCCAACAACUACAGCUCCACCGUCAACAAUGUUGUUGUAAGCAUCGUCACCUCCCAAUACACCCAACAAACCACCGUUUACUUUGCCGGUGACAACAUCCCAGUUUCACCAAGCACCGUCAAACACACCGUAUCGAUUAGUGGUUGGCAAUUCGCAAACACAAUCAACUCGCUCCAGAUUGUCUACCAAGCGAAUGCACCGGCUCUCUUUGACUACAAUUGCGCACCGGCCUCGCCAACUAUCACUGCCAACUUGAAAGCAGGACAAUCGCCAUCGUUCACCAUUGAUACUCCACUCGGUAUUCUCUAUACCCAAUUCUCUGGUCGUGUUAUCGUUGACAGCAAGAUUGCAAGAAUCACAAGUGCGUCGUUCACCACCACCGCCGAGAACAACUCUGUCAAAUUCGCAAUCCAAGUUCCAAACUUUGCUUCGCAACUUGUCUACGAUCCAACAUUUAUCUCCUACAUCAAACCAAACGUAAUCAUCGGAUGCAACCCAUCGAGCACAACCUCUUCAAAUCCAAUCACUACAGGUAGUACUGACGGCACAACCGGAACAAUCUCAAUCUCUACCAAACUUACACCAAUUACAACCUUCUCAAUGGUUGCUCUACUCUUCUUGAUUACAUUCCUAUUAAUAUAG